AUGCCACAUUAUGAGUUCGGGGAUUUUGAAGAGGCUGAUGAGAAAUUCAGGUCAAGGCCAAGGGGUGGCCGUAAGAGGAAGUACUCCACUAUAGAAAUGCUCGUACGAAAAAGGGUGACUCCACCAGACCAGUUGGGCCAGGAGUCUGAGUACCUCUCCUGGUUGCUCUCACAUGAAGCUGAAGACGAGAAUUGA